GCGCCGCUAAACCCCCCAUUAAACCCUAGCAAAAAUCUCCCCGCCGCGCCGCACACAGCCCCCUCGAGUCGCCCUCGGAAUGGAGGACGGCCGGGAGGAGCGCGGAGGGGAGCAGCCACCCCCCAACGCCAGCUCUAGCUCCGUGGGCGGCGGCGGCGGCAGCGGGAAGAAGGGGUCUCCGUGCGAGGAGUGCGGGGAGCAGCCGUGGAAGUACCGGUGCCCCGGCUGCGCCCGCCUCACCUGCAGCCUUCCCUGCGUGCAGGCCCACAAGCGCCGCACCGCCUGCACCGGCAAGCGCCCCCGCACCGACCCAGUCCCGCUCGCCCGCUUCGACGACAACCAGCUAAUCUCCGAUUACAGCUUUCUGGAAGAGGCGAAGCAGGUCAGGGAGUCGGCGCAUAGGAUCAUCGGCGGCUUCGGCCGCAACUUCGGCGGACCCGGGGGAGCUCAGCUGCCCAGGUGGUUGUUUUUCCUCCGCAAGGCGGCGCAGCGCCGGGGUAUCAGGCUCUAUUUCCUCCCCAAGGGCAUGGCCAGGAGAGAGCAGAACCGUUCGCGACACAACCACAGAAAGGAUUGCAUAUACUGGACACUUGAGUGGAGAUUUAAUUCAACCGACGUUGUUCUAACUGACCAUGAAAUAGAUGAGCACACAACCUUGCUCUCUUUAUUGGAAAAACAUCUUUGUCCCGGUCCCUGGAAGGAUCAGCUUACACAAUAUCGUAAUACAGAAUUGCGUGAUCUGAAACUGUUCACUCAAAAGUCUGCCAAGGAAUCAGAGUCACCAUACCGCCAACUCAAUAUUGAAGAACCUUUGGGCCCACAGCUGAGGAGUACUCUUAUUGUCGAGUACCCAACUAUUAAUGUCUUUCUUCCAUCAGACAAUUAUGACUUUGAAGUCGAGAAAAUGGUAAACAAGCUUGCUAAAGAUGGAAAAAACCCUGGCUGCACAAAAGAUGACCCACUUCUAGAAGGCACUGAGUUUGAUGAGGAAGAAAUAGAGGAAGGUGAGUUUGCACCAGAUACACAGAUUAUAGAUCUCAAGGACUGUGGAACUUCGAAUGCCACAAAUCUUUCUCCAGCGGAGAUUACAAGUGAAUCGAAGAUAGAUAACAAUGUUGAUUCUUUGGUGUUCUCAAAUGCCGGUAGCCAAGCAUUACCUGGUCAACAGGAAGAACUGUAUCAAUAUAGCAAGACUGCACUGAAGACAACCUCUGGGCCUCUAAAAACUGAGUCCUGCAUGAAAGUCUGUCCUCUGGAUACAGAUGAAACAAGGGAAGGUGGGUUGACCAAAAAGAGGCGCAUUAUAGAUUUCAAGGAUCAUGGAACUUCACAUUCUGGCAAUCUCGCAGAAGCAGAAGGUGCAACUAUAUCUAAGAUAGAUGUCAAGACAGAUUCUUUAGUGCCGUUGUCUGCCAGUAUUUUAACAUCUGAUGGUGUGAGUGGCCCUCAGCAAGAAUGUAGUCAACAAAGCAAACAUACACCAAAUUCAACUCCUGAAGCUCUGAAAAGGAAAUCUUGCAUGAAAGUUUACCCACUGAACUUUGAGGACAAUAAUGGGUUGUUGUUCCCAGAGGUGCCCGACUUGGGCUUUGAGCAAGAAAUGAGGGAUACCUACCCAGAACUGUUUGGGGAUAUGGACUCUGAUGAUUUCUUAAGCUAUGAUUUUGAAAUGAUGAAUGGAGACAAAUCAGUAGAAACAAUGUCUGCAUUAACGUGGGACGAUUUGGAGGAAGGGGAGAUUCCAAGCGCUUCAUCUUUGUGAAGGAAGAACAUGAUGCCUGGAAUUUAUGCUAGCCGAUCAAAUGAGCCUGCCGACUUCUUUGUCUGGGAGUUCCGUAGAGGCAGUGUGUAAUGUAAUGGUGGAGCACUCCCAUGUAUCUGCAGCUGCCACUUAAGAUCAUGCAGCCUUUGUUAUUCCUUAUAAGGUUUUUUUUAUUUAAUUUCAUCUGUUUUUUUGCACCUGCCAGAGCAGCAUAGAGUGUCGGGUCUCCUUCAAAUCAAGGUAGCCUGUUGCUCCUUGUCGCAGAAAUUUUGGGGUUGUAACUUUGUAAUGCUUGUUACUGAGCAAUUCUGAGUUGAAUCCACUGACCAGUAUUGAGUUGUA